CCAUGGCUGCUGACAUUUCGGAAUCCGGCGGGCCGGACUGCAAAGGCGACCCGAUGAGCACUCCUCCCAAAUUAGAUGAUGCCGAGUACCCGCUUCGCGUCCUUUAUUGUGGAGUCUGUUCAUUACCAACAGAGUACUGCGAAUACAUGCCUGACGUUACAAAGUGCAGACAAUGGUUAGAGAAGAACUUUCCAAAUGAGUUUGCAAAACUUACUGUAGAAAAUUCACCCAAACAAGAAGCUGGACUUAAUGAGGGUCAGGGAACAGUAGGGGAAGAGGAAGAGAAGAAAAAGCAGAAGAGAGGCGGAAGAGGUCAAAUUAAACAGAAAAAGAAGACUGUACCGCAAAAGGUCACGAUAGCCAAAAUCCCCCGGGCAAAGAAGAAAUACGUAACACGGGUGUGUGGCCUGGCGACUUUUGAAAUUGAUCUUAAAGAAGCACAAAGAUUUUUUGCUCAAAAAUUCUCCUGUGGUGCCUCAGUAACAGGGGAGGAUGAAAUCAUCAUUCAGGGAGACUUUACAGAUGAUAUCAUUGACGUCAUUCAGGAAAAAUGGCCAGAGGUGGAUGAUGAUAGCAUUGAAGAUCUUGGAGAAGUGAAGAAGUGAUUUUGAAUAUUUGUCCGUAUUUAAUGAUCUGAACUGAGAGUCGAUAUGGCCAAAGGGAGAGAGAGAGUCCUUUAAAAAUAUAUAUAUUUAUCCUACAGUCAAACUGUGGACUACCCUCACCGUUGGCAUCUUCACUGUUCUGUACGAGGCUGCUUGUUUGUUUGUUUGUUUUUAUUGCCAAAGUCUAAUAAACAGGGGAGACUGUUGUUGCUGAUGCAUAAAAUAGAAUUUAGUCAAAUAAAAAUUUUUGGUCUUUUGGUA